CCGGCGGCCGCCGCAGCUGUCAAUCACCGGCGGGCUGAGCUCCGCGAGGCGGGAGCGGCGGCGGCGGCGGCAGCGGCGGCGAUGGGACCCCAGCGAGAGAUCUGCGGCUAGCUGGCUGCACUUGCUCCACGGGUCGGGGGAUCGGAGGGGGCAGGUUUGAAGGAUGUGCCGUUAGAAAAGAAAGGUCAAAGCCUGACAAGGAGAAGAGGAAGAAGAAACCUUCAAAGCCAGAGCCAGCGGGGCUGACGGCUGUGGAUGUUGUCAUUCCAGCUGGGAAGGAUGAGUUCUUGCACGAACAUCUGCGGGUCAAAGCAAGCACAGGCCGCUCCUGAGGGCGGGCACCAGCGCUAUGGAGUCCGGUCCUACCUGCACCAGUUUUAUGAGGACUGUGCCACCUCGAUCUGGGACUAUGAGGAUGAUUUCCAGAUCCAGAGAUCACCUAAUCGGUGGAGCUCAGUAUUCUGGAAGGUCGGACUCAUCUCCGGCUCGGUCUUCGUGAUCCUCGGACUGACUGUCCUGGCAGCGGGCUUUCUCGUCCCCCCCAAAAUCGAAGCCUUCGGCGAGGCUGAUUUUGUGGUGGUCGACACCCACGCCAUCCAGUUUAACGGAGGUCUUGACGCCUGCAAGCUGGCGGGGGCUGUGCUCUUCUGCCUGGGGGGCACGUCCAUGGCUGGGUGCCUGCUGAUGUCGGUGUUUGCGAAGAGCUACUCCAAAGAAGAAAAGUUCCUCCAGCAGAAGUUUAAAGAGCGGAUCGCAGACAUCAGGGCCCACGUCCAGCCCAUCACGAGGGCUCCAGGCCCCGGGGAAACCAAGAUUCCGGUCACUUUGUCCAGGGUUCAAAAUGUGCAGCCUAUAGCGGCGACCUGAAGUGCAUCCCACCCUGGGCUCCCCUCUCGAUUGCUUGGUGUUCACGUGGAGCUGGGGGCAGGCUUGGAGAUGAUGGGGCUUUGGCCUUGACUUGACCCCUCCGGGCGGGGCUCAGUGGGGGCGUGAGCUCACCUGGAUGAGCUCAGGUGGUGGUGAGGCUGCGCGGAGACCUGUGUUUGCACCGAGCUGCUGAAAGGGUGCUUCCGUGUGCCCAGCGGGCACCCCAGGGAGCUCCCCUCGGCUAUCGUGACUCUGUGGUGUCCGUGUUACUGGAAGGCGCUGAGCAGGGUAGACCAGAUGGCCAGUGGUGACGUGCUCUGUUUUAUUUUCUAAUAUUGGUUUUCUUGAUCUUUCCUGUGUGGUGCUGCUUCCGCUCCUGUCUCACUACACAUAAGAUAUUGUUUUGUGUGUUCACGGAAAAAUCGAGCUCCUUGAUUUUGACCCAAACAUUAGUCUUUUCACAAUAUCUUAACAUGAGGUUACUGAGACUAGAUGCGAAUGUAUUGGAGUUCUCCACCAAUCUUUUGUUUUGUCCAGUUUUUUUUCUUUUAUUUUUUUGCAAUUGGAAAGCUAAAAUUGCCAACUUUAGAAUCUUGGGGAAGAAAUUAACAUUAGGGAUAUCUAUGCAGUGUCCACACGCCAGGGAAUGAGAUGCUACCACUAAGUAGCCGUGUGACCUUGGGGGGAAUUUAACCUCCUCACCUCAGUUUCCCCAUCUGUAGGAUGGAGAUCCUGGACUGUGGUGUCUGAGAUUUCCCACUUUGCCAUGUGUCCUCGUGUCUCUCCAAGGACAUGUUUGCGAUGUCCCUGUGGCUCUCUCCUCAGUGGCACUGUUUCAGAUCUGGACUCGCAGAAACGUCUCUGAGUCAGCAGCUACUGUCAGUACCCAGCCCCCUGCAGUUUACACAGCGCUGUUGUGGUUUUUAUAAAGACAAAAGUAAGCCAUCCUCCAAUAAGAAACCUGUGAGUCAGUAUUAACUUUUCAAAGGGUUUUCUUUCUCGCAUAAGGUGUUUUAUGCUCAGGCAAGAUGCUCAUCUCGUCCCUAUGCACUUUCACUGAAUCUGCGGAUUGAAGCCGGACUGAGGAACGUGUGACCGCGGUAUUCUCUCAUAAUGUAUGCCACCCUCGAGUUCUGUCUCUCUUUCCUCUCUUCCUUCACUGGGUAAAUAAAACAUGUGAACAAGCGGAA